CGCUGAUCAGAGCAAUAAUAAAUCAUCGAUCAAACUUUGUAAUACAUAGAACAAUUUUUUUUUUAUCUAAAAAUCAUUUUAGAAAAAAAAAUGAUUCAAUUAAAAACAUUAUUAAAUGUAAUUGAUAAUACUGGUGCAAUAAUUGCAGAAUGUAUUAGAGUAGGUCAUGGUGGUAGAUACGGUCGAAUAGGUGAUCCAAUAACAGUUGUAAUUAAAAAGGCAAAACCAAUUUCACAAGUAGCUUCCACAGUAGCAACGUCACCUUCAGCUGCAUCAAAUCCAGCUGCUAAAUUACAAAUACGUAGAGGUGAAGUAAAGAAAGCUUUAAUUGUUCGAACUCGUAAGGAAACGAGGAGACUUGACGGUAGAUAUAUCAAAUUUGAUGAUAAUGCUUGCAUUCUAUUAAAUAAUAAACAAGAACCUUUGGGUACUAGAGUGUUGGGUGUCGUAGGGGCUGAAUUGAGAAAUAAGAAAUGGGGAAAGGUUAUUAGUUUGGCCCCUAGAGUUGUCUAAGAGCUGGUUAAAUUGGAUGUUAGUUUAAAUUGGAUGUUAGUUUUAAAAACAAAAUAGUUUUUUUUUUUCUAUUAAUGGCUUGAUCUAACUUAAUUGAUAAUUUAAUUUCAUGGAAUAAUAAAAAAUUUAACCAUGAUGAUUUAAUAUGAAGAGUUUCUUUUCAUUGCAAAAUUGAAGGGCAUCACUAUCCUUAAUUUUUCACGUUAUACAUUAGAAAUGUAUUUCAUUCUAAAGUUUUUAAGUUUAAAUCUAUUUUAUAUGGAAAGUAUUACUAGUGAACCUAAUGCAUCAAUCCGCCUUCAAUAUAUAAAGAAACCUGUGGAUAAGUAUAAAAGAAUUUGA